GAAGAAGACAAAGUAGCCUAACUGUACUGUUGUGGGCGACAACAUUUCAUGUCAUACAAAGAAACAAUAGCUUCCACAAUGGAUCGGGACAAAGCUAGCCCGUUCCCCUCCACCCUCCAGGAGUCCCCAGGUCAAAAGCCUCCUGGUACCGCUUUGGGUCUGGUCGACUGCAGGAAAACACCGGGGCAGAGUGGAACUGAGAGAGGAGGAGGAGAAGAGAAGGAACAUGGAGAUUUGAUUUCAUUAAGUAAGAACCAUGGGGACAGCCCUAACCGUUGCUCUCUCAGUGGGAGGGGCUUAUCAUCUGGGGAGCCUCGACAACAUCAUGAUGCUGACAAGACAGAGAAGAGUCUCUCCAGAUCAGAACGUCUCAAACACCAGCAGAGAUGUAUAGGGAAGAAUCCUCACCACUGCUGCGUUGACUGUGGGAAGAGUUCUACUAAACAGAGGGAAUUUAUCAUUUACCAACGGAUUCACACUGGAAAGAAACCGUACCGCUGCUCUCAGUGUGGGAAGCGUUUCGCUGCAUCUAAAACCUUAAAAUCUCAGAGAAUUCAUACAGGGGAGAGGCCUUACCCCUGCUUUGAUUGUGGGAAGAGCUUCAGUCAAUCAGGAGCCCUGACUAAACACCAACGCAUACACACAGGAGAGAAGCCUUAUAGCUGUGAUCAGUGUGGGAAGAUCUUCAAUCAGUCAGGAAACCUGACUACACACCAGCGCAUACACACAGGAGAGAAGCCUUAUAGCUGUGAUCAGUGUGGGAAGAGCUUUGCUCUAUCCGGAAACCUGACUAAACACCAACGCAUACACACAGGAGAGAAGCCUUAUAGCUGUGAUCAGUGUGGGAAGAGCUUCAAUCAAUCAGGAGACCUGACUAAACACCAACGCAUACACACAGGAGAGAAGCCUUAUAGCUGUGAUCAGUGUGGGAAGAGCUUUGCUCUAUCCGGUCACCUGACUACACACCAACGCAUACACACAGGAGAGAAGCCUUAUAGCUGUGAUCAGUGUGGGAAGAGUUUCAAUCAGUCAGGAGCCCUGACUACACACCAACACAUACACACAGGAGAGAAGCCUUAUAGCUGUGAUCAGUGUGGGAAGAGCUUCAGGAAGUCAGGACACCUGACUACACACCAACGCAUACACACAGGAGAGAAGCCUUAUAGCUGUGAUCAGUGUGGGAAGAGCUUCAAUCUAUCAGGAGACCUGACUUCACACCAACGCAUACACACAGGAGAGAAGCCUUAUAUCUGUGAUCAGUGUGGGAAAAGAUUCAGUCAAUCAAGGACCCUAACUACACACCAACACAUACACACAGGAGAGAAGGGUUAUAGCUGUGAUCAGUGUGGGAAGAGCUUCAGGAAGUCAGGACACCUGACUACACACCAACGCAUACACACAGGAGAGAAGCCUUAUAGCUGUGAUCAGUGUGGGAAGAGCUUUAAUCAAUCAGGAGCCCUGACUACACACCAACGCAUACACACAGGAGAGAAGCCUUAUAGCUGUGAUCAGUGUGGGAAGAGCUUUGCUCUAUCCGGAAACCUUACUACACACCAACGCAUACACACAGGAGAGAAGCCUUAUAGCUGUGAUCAGUGUGGGAAGAUCUUCAAUCAAUCAGGAACCCUGAGCAAACACCGGCUCACACACACUGGAGAGAAACCGUACUCCUGUCUAUGUGGAAAGAGCUUUGCUCUUUCAGUGUCACUGAAAAAACACCUGAAAGCACAAACAUGUUGUCUUUCAUCUCCCUCCUCCCCGGCACCGGUUCCAGAUCCCUAAAUAAAGUUUCAAUAGAAAACAUCUGGUAAAGAGUCAUCUAUAUCCCAUUCUCUAACAGUUUACUAAGUCUGAUUACCAUGGUAACCUGUGUAGCAUACAGGUUACCAUCUGGAUCCAUAUAUAUCAAGCGUCUCGGAGUAGGAGUGCUGUGUGUGUGUUGUGGGGUGGGGGUGUUCAGAGCUGUAUCUUAUUUCAAAAACUUCUAUUAUCCAUUAAAUAAUGUAGAAUAAUGUUUCAACAAUAGUAGGUGUAUAUUAAUGUGUGAGGGAAAUAGCCUUGAAAUGUACAUCUUGUCUCAUACAAUCAUUGGUUCCUGUAGGUGCUGGGUAAAGAUAUGAGGGGGAGGCGGUCAGAACUUUUGGCAGAACGCCCAGAAUAUGUUCUAUAAGUUAAGAUAGGAGAAAUGUGCAGGAACCAAAUGUUAAUUAUGAAUUAAUUAUGAAUAAUGUAUAAUGUAAAUCAUGCAUAUAUAAUUUCUGUGUAAGCAGUUUAUAAGAGAACUAACGGGACUGCCCCGAAAGAGCUCCCGACCAACGUGUACUAUGGUGCAUUAAGUUUGUUGGAACUUCUCCAGCUUGCUGAUAAUAAAGAUGUAUUCAUUUAAUUUUGACUUUGAGUCCCUGGUGGUAACUUCCGCUAAACAUGUAUUCAAUACAAAAAUAAAUUAAAUCCAUUAUCUUACGUGAAGGAGAUGUGUCGCACUGCAUGAGGCAAAUGGU